UAGCCCGGAGUUUUUCAUGAACGUCGGCGACGUGAAAGGUGCAAUUUUAGACGACGCCGUCCGUCGCGCGAAUCCCCUCAGCGCACUCGAGCUCGACGCGUUCUGCGGGUACUCGGCGGUUCGAAUCGCUUCGCGCUUUUCGAAGCCGGGAGCUCGGUUGGUGUCUGUGGAGCUGAGCGACCUCCGUUCGUCCGUCGUCCGCAGCGUCGUCGCUCACGCAGGCCUCAGCGACAAAGUUACUGUCGUUACAGGCACGCUGCAGACUUCAACAGACGAAAUUCGGCAAGCACCUCUACCUACCAAACCUCUUUUUUCUCAGAGACCAGAAGCUCAUCGGACCAGGAACUAUCAUUGUGGCUGAUAACAUCGUCUAUCCGGGGUCUCCUGAUUAUCUCGAAUUCAUGGAGAAGAGCUCGGAGUUUGUGACUGAAAAGAGGGAGAC